GAAACCUUAUAAACCUUAUCCAUCCACUUUUAUGAAUUCCAACAAUGGUAAAGUUUUGCCAGCUGUGCAAGUCUAUGAUAAUUUAAACGGGAAUUGGCCAUUGCUACGCUCUGGCAUCGCCCAAAUUCUUGAAAAACUUGAUGAUGGAAUGACAAUUGCACGAUACAUGGAGUUAUACACUGCUAUUCAUAACUACUGUGCUGAUGCUUCAAAAACUGUUUCUGCCGACAGUUUUGGAGAUCGGAGCGUGAGUGUAUUAGGUGAAGCUUUGUAUAACAAUCUUGUGCUGUACCUCUCAAAAUACUUAGAACAGCUGAGACAGCAACUUCCGUUUUACGACAGUGCAGAAAUUGCGCUAGAAGCGUAUGCUGCAAGUUGGAAAAAGUACACUACGGCUGCCGGCUUCUUAAAUCAUCUAUUUCGUUACUUGAACCGUUACUGGGUGAAGCUAAAAAACCAAUUUACGGAGGCAUAUGUGUACGAUGUGUAUACUCUGUGUUUGGUUAGCUGGCAGCAACAUAUUUUUCAAUAUGUAUCGAAGGACCUAUUACAGGACCUUCUCCGUUUAUUUACGAAGCUCCGCCAUUAUGAGCCGGUGGACAUGAAGGAUGUCAAAAUAUGUAUAGAGUCUAUUACGUCGUUGAGUUUCGACAAAACCGACUUGUCAAAACCUACUCUCAAACUGUAUAAAGAUUUCUUUGAGCGUCAGUUCCUAAGCGCUACCCAAACAUUUUACGAGGACGAGGCUGCACGGUUCAUUCAGUCGUGCUCAGUCGUAGACUACAUGAAAAAGGCGGAAACACGUCUUUCCGAAGAAGAAGAACUUGUCAAGCUAUAUCUUCAUGAGUCAACUUUACAGCCACUUUUAAGGGUUGUUGAGAAUACUCUGAUUACGUUGCAUGCCAGUACCUUACAUGAAGCCUUCCCUGGUUUGCUUGAAGAUGGCAGACUUGAAGAUGUGGUUCGUAUGUACCAGUUGCUAUCCCGCACUGACAACGGCUUACAACCUCUGCGGGUUGCGUUUGAAAUGUGUGUUCGGAAAUCUGGUUUGGCUAGUGUGGACAAUGUCGUUGCUGCAACCAAUCCAGGCGAAGACACGGACCCACAUGCUUACUUGCAUGCUCUUUUGUCCGUUUAUGAACGGUACAGAAAAAUCGUCACUUCUGCGUUUAAUGGUGACUCGGAGUUUACCAAAUACUUGGAUAAUGCUUGUCGCGAGUUUAUUAAUCGAAACGCUGUGUGCAAGACCUCCUCAUCCCGUUCUCCCGAAUUGCUAGCUCGAUAUACUGAUGCUGUUUUGCGACGGAACAGUAAGACUGGCGACACUGAGGACAUUGAACAGGUUCUCUCCUCCGUAAUGAUUGUGUUCCGUUACGUUGAGGAUAAAGAUGUCUUCCAAAAGUUUUAUGCAAAAUUCCUAGCAAAGCGUUUGGUAAACGGCACCUCGACUUCGGAAGACAGCGAAUCGAGUAUGCUUUCGAAAUUGAAGGAGGCCUGUGGUUUUGAAUACACUAAUAAGCUGCAGCGAAUGAUACAGGACAUCGGCUUGUCAUCGGAUCUUACUGAUGCUUUCCACGCUCAACAGCCGUCAAAAUUGUCUCCCAUUGAUUUUAAUAUCCUUGUCCUCAGUACAUCUUCAUGGCCGCUUUCUUCGUCUUCAACAACCUUUCGGUUACCUAACGAGCUUGCUGAGCUACAUGAUGCCUUUCAAAACUUCUACCAGAACAAGCAUAGCGGCCGUAAGCUGAACUGGCUGAUGCACUUGUCCAAGGGCGAGAUGAAGGCAAAGUUUGGUGACUCGUCCUCCACUACCUAUAUUCUACAAGUUUCCACAUACCAGAUGGGAGUGUUACUGUUAUACAACGCGGCUGAUUCCUACACAUUUGCAGAGCUGCAACAAAACACGGAGCUUUCAGCAACUUAUUUGAGUGGCAUUCUGCGUAUCUUUUUACGUGCAAAAAUUUUGGUCCAGCAAGGAAACAACAAGCUUGAUGACCCGUCGACCGUGUUUGCUUUGAACCGCCAGUUUCGUUCGCGCCGCAUUCGUCUUCCCCUUAAUUUACCUAUCAAAACGGAGCAAAAGCAGGAGUCCGCUGAAACACAAAAAACUAUCAAAGAGGACAGAAAACUGCUACUGCAGUCUGCAAUUGUGCGUAUCAUGAAGGCACGAAAGACGCUGAAACACGUUGUGCUUGUGAAAGAAACCAUUGAUCAAAUCAAGUCUCGCUUCAAGCCCGAGGUUGCUGACAUUAAGCGUUGCAUCGAUAUCCUCAUCGAAAAAGAGUACUUGGAAAGACAAGGUCGGGACGAGUAUGUUUACCUGGCUUAAAAAGUCCAUGUGUUCGUCUACAACCGCAUCUCGUCACGGCUACGAUGUGCCAACCAGCGCUCUUUCCUACUUUUGGUUUCUUAACCUUACAAAGUGUGCACGCGUUUUCGGAGGAAGAGCAUAUUAAAAUAAAAUAGAACUCCAGUCUCCUUCUGUUUAACUUGAGGAAGAUGAUAUUUUUAAAGUUUGUAAUAUAUACAUGACAUGUUUAUCUAAUUUUCUACCAGUAGUCAAAAUGGAAGAUCAAUCUAGUUUUAGACA